GCGGAGACGCAUAGACGCUGGCCGGUCUUACUACAUAUUCUUAACAUGCUAGUUUUUAGUCGGUUACGAUGAGCGUCUAUUUCAACUUAAAUCGUAAUAAAACCUAUCGUAACCCGGAAGAAAUUCCUUUGACUAGCGUCCGUACACAAUCCUCUGCUGGUGAUACUAGUACGGAUGACGAUUGCGAAGGAUCGCCCCUACACACAUCUUGGACUUAUAAGAAAAACGGAGGAUCGACGUCAUGGAGACCGCAAAUGAAUUUACAAGAUCUACGAAAGACGCCGUCGUCGAGAGGUUCAUUAUUCACAAACUUCGAGGACGUUCAGUUAACGGACGAAGAGAGAGUCUAUUUGUCGGCUGCUGCACUCGGAGACGUCGGCGUCAUUCGUCAGUCUUUCGAAGAUGAAGAGGCGCGUUUAAAUGUGGAUUGCGUCGACUACAUGGGUAGGAACGCACUGCACUUAGCUGUCGAUUCAGAAUGUAUAGAAUCGAUUGAGUUGAUCCUCGAUAAGCUAUCAUUCGCCGGAAUAGAGGAGGCUUUAUUACAUGCGAUCAGUAAAGGGGCCACAAAGAUCGUUAGGGCAGUUGUUGAGCAUCCAAAUUAUAUGGCAGGAGAAGAACAGGUAAAGAAAGUUGGAGUUAAAGACCCAUUUUUCCGAAUGGAAGAGAAGUCACAAUUCUCACCGGAUAUAACGCCACUAAUCCUUGCUGCGCACUACAAUAACCAUGAGAUUAUUCAAAUGUUCCUCUCCCGAAAUCACACUAUCGAAAAGCCCCACCCCAUCUCCUGUACGUGCAACGAUUGCGUAACCAAACAGAACUAUGAUUCGCUGAAGAGGUCGAGGUCGAGGUUGAAUGCUUACCGUGCUUUGGCAAGUCCCGCCUACAUGGCAUUAUCUAGUCCCGACCCGAUUAUGACUACUUUUUAUUUAAGGCAAGAGAUGAAAAAGUUGGCACAAGUUGAAAAAGAAUUUAAGAAUCAGUAUUUGAGCUUAGUAGAGCAGUGUAUGAACUUUGCUUGUGAAAUGAUGGACUUGUGUAGAGGAACACAAGAAGUUGAAGCAAUGUUAAGUGAAGGUUCGGAGAGUGAGGAUGGAGGUAUCUUCCAAACUAGAGAUCCUUUAGCAAGACUUCGAAUGGCCAUGGAAUACGAGGAGAAAAAAUUCGUCGCACAUCCCAACUGUCAACAGCAUCUCACAUCUAUUUGGUAUGGUUCCGAAUUAGGUUUUCUGCAAUCCCUAGUAUGGUGGAAGAAACUGUUACUUUAUCUGGCUACUAUGCCUCUGCUACCAUUUUUUUGCUUUAUUUACAUAGUAACUCCUGAUACAAAGUUAGGCAACAUUUUGCGUUCUCCCACCGCCAAGUUUAUCACCUUUACACUUUCGCACAUCUGCUUCCUAAUCCUAUUAGCUGCGGCUACCUUCCGCCUAGAUGAAAAAUCUUUUUCAGUAAAGAAUACGGACGAAUUACAAAAGAAAUCGGCAAGUGUAGAUUCGGCAUCGUAUGAGGAUUUAGCCGAUGGUUUACUUAAAGCUCGACUUCGUCCGGCUAACACUCUUAUAACAAACGUACAAAUAUGUCUUAUGUUCUGGGUAGCCGGUUUAUUGUGGAUGGAAUGUAAGCAGAUAUACAAUUCAGGCGUUCGAGUUUAUGUUUUGGACAAUUACAAUUUCGUCGAUUUUAUGGUGCUGUCGCUCUAUCUAGCUUCGUACGUUCUCCGUUUUCUUGUUGAUCAUUGGAUCAAGAAAACUGAUGAAAGAUAUCAUUGUAUGCUGAGGGCCAGAAAAGCUCUAAUUGAUAGGAAUUUCACCCAUUUCGAUAUAAUAUUAAAUGAAACUAAGGAUGCCUACUUUCUUAAAGCUUCGAGAUUCGAAUGGAAACAAGACGAUCCGGAAAUCGUUUCCGAUGUCCUCUUUGCCAUAGCUAACGUCUUAUCGAUUGCUCGAACUACCUAUUUGAUGCCGGCGUUUGAAGUUCUUGGACCAUUACAGAUCUCUUUGGGCAGAGUUAUCGGCGAUAUCACCAGAUUCAUGGUGUUGUUUACGCUGGUCUUGUUUGCCUUUAUGGUUGGUCUGCAUAAUUUAUAUUGGUACUACGGUUCGCAGACCUACGAUAUCGAACAGGAUGGAGUAAAGAGCACGAAACACGCUUCCGAAGCAUUCCAGGGACUUCCGCACACCUUGUAUAGUUUAUUCUGGGCCAUGUUCGGCUUAAUUAAUGUGAAUAGCGUCAAAGUUCAAUACAAGGAUAAGAAUGGCGUAUCAUCAAAUGAUCGUCUUACAGAAGUCUUUCCAAGUAGGAAUGUACAUGCGACGUCUGUUGUUGAAGCUGUUGGAACAUUUCUAUUUGCAUCCUAUCAUGUUGUCAUCAUUAUUGUGCUGAUAAAUAUGUUAAUUGCUAUGAUGUCACACUCUUUUGAAGACAUUCAAACUGAUUGUGACGUAGAAUGGAAAUUUGCUAGGACUAGGCUAUGGAUGAAUUAUAUUGAUGAGGGAUGCACAUUGCCCGUGCCGUUUAAUAUGAUUCCUACUCCAAAGUCAAUGAAAUAUGGCUUUCAAUGGCUCAAAGAAACUUUACGAGGCGAUCAAGAUGCCCUGUUAGAAAUGGAAGAAGCCAAAAGACAGACGUUUAUCAAAAAGCGCCGAGAAAAUGUCUGCGAGUCAUUAAAUUUGGAUACUCCUGAAACUGCUUAUAGCGAAAUUAUGCAAAGAUUGGUUAGAAGAUAUUUAUUUAAACUGGAAAGACAGAAAGAGGAAGAGAGAUCUGGUCUAAUGCAGUCACAAGGCAAAGAGAGCAUUAACUAUCGAUCGGAUGAUUUGUUUAAUACGGAUUACAGACAAGAGCCGAUGUAUGCUGAUAGCGAUGAGCCGAACGAAGUAGCAUCUUAUACAGGUGACGGAGAACCUCCUGAUACUCCACCGGCCGGCUCUAAUCGCCUAAGACGUAGGCCGUCCAUUCAUCCUGUACAAAGGCGUUGCAGACGACCCUCUGUCCCACACGGUGGACCGCCUCAAGUUCAACUGCUGUCCAUCCCUCAGUUGGAUGCUAUUCAACGUAGUUUAAAAAUACUCGAUGUCCGAAUGCAACACGUUCAGAGCGCGGUUAGGGAAGACGAACGUCUCAAGGAUAACAUUGAGCAUAUUCGUCUAGUAAUGAGCGAAAAUCAAAAGACGCUUGUUAGCGUUGUAACAAUUAUGGGAUCUAUGCAGGAGGAAAUCAGGAAUCUCUCAGUAGUAAUUAGUCAAAGAGAGAAAGAAGAAGAACGUCGCCGCAAUCUUUUUCCUCAGACCAUACAAAUAGCUGCUCCCCGAAAGAAAUCGACAGAAAAGGAUUCUUCUUCCCACCAUAGUAAUCAAUCAGUUUGCAGCAACGAGUUUUCUCAAGUAUGA